CCCUAUUACAUAUAUUCGAUCGAGAAUGGAGGGUGCCCUCGGGCCAGAGUAGCGCGGUGAGAGGGCCUCAAGGAGAUCACGGCCCUCCGUGAGGACCCCGCCGUGACAACAUACUUCCCAUGUAACUAGAGGAAAUACAGCCAGAAAAGGAGCAGUUCUGCAAAUCUGUGGCCUGUUGGGUAAAAGAGGCUCUUUAUAUUAAGAGUAAAGAAAGGUUCAAGUGGUCUCUUUGGGAUCCAGAAUCAAGGCACAGAAUUUGCUUGAACCCUGUGUGUCGGUGCAAGCACUACUGAGGCAGGGUCCUCUGCAACACUGGUGUCUAGAUGCAGCAAGCACUGAAUGGGGCCAGGAGCAGGAGGGCUGUCAUGGCAUGAAGCUCUGCCGGGGGAUGUUUGCCUUGCUGAGAAGCACGCAGCGUGGACAGAGCCUGGGCUUCUGAACAUGCCUUGCACACCCACAGAGUGCUAAGAAGAAUUUUUCCAACUGCUGUAUUUGAGUUGGUCUAAUAAAAGAUAUUGGAUUUAUCCAAAGAACCUUGUUUGCACACCCACAGAGUUUCAGGUCUACGUUGGAAGCUUGCAAAUUAAAAACCAAUCAAUCCCUCCCUUUUCCUGGGCUCCCCACCUUCUCUUCUGAAAGGGAGGGGACAAACAAUGCUCGUCGACCUGGAAAUGGAGCGUGCUUCUGUGCAGAAGCUCAAAGUCACAUUUCACUUUUAAAAUUGAAACCCACAGACAGAAUCCACAAUUAAGCACACGCUGUUAUCAGCUUUGCUGCUGUCGUUGAAUUGUUUGACUUUUUAAACACUUUCAAGCUCUAAGACACUGGAUCCAGAAACAGGUGAAGAGCACGAAGGAGCUGCACGCCCAGAUGUGUCAGUGCUACAGAAGGGAAAUGCACGGGGAGGAGCCUGCACCUUUCAUCUACAGGUGGCACUUGAUAGGGUCAAAACUGAACCCUCUGCUUGAUCUAUGCUGUAGGCAGAGUGCAAAGUGCUGGAGGUGGGGCAUACUGCAAAUGCUAGCGGGUGGUUCUGCUGUGGAGGGGAAUCAUCUCAUACAUGCUUAUUCUCUUGGGCCUCCUUUUUGAUGCCUAGCCUGUGCGGUCAGAGGAGAGUCUCUUCUGGUCGAGAUGGCAGAGAACAGCUCAGCCAUGAGCAGCCUGGAUAAAUUCUAUAUUGCUUUUGAGGCCAUGAUUGGGGUGUGUGCAGCUGUGGGCAACGCCCUGGUCAUCUGCGUGGUGAGGCUAAACCCGGCUUUCCAGAACAACACCUUCUACUUCAUUGUCUCCCUGGCACUGGCUGAUAUAGCCAUGGGGCUCCUGGUCAUGCCGCUGGCCAUCGUGAUCAACCUGGGGAUUGUCAUGCACUUCUACUUCUGUCUGUUCCUGUGCUGCCUGCUGAUGGUCUUCUCCCAUGCCUCCAUCCUGUCGCUCCUGGCCAUUGCCAUCGACCGGUUCCUGCGCGUGAAGCUGCCCACCAGGUACAAGAUAGUCACCACGCGGAGGAGAAUUUGGAUGGCUCUGGGAUCGUGCUGGCUGGUGUCUCUGCUGGUAGGAUGUGUCCCCAUGUUUGGAUGGAAUCAAAAAGUCCCAGGGAGCCCCAGCAGCAUGGUGUGCAACUACCCUGCCGUCAUGAGGAUGGACUAUGUGGUGUAUUUCAGCUUCUUUGCCUGGAUCCUCAUUCCUUUGAUCAUCAUGUGUGUCCUGUACGUUGGGAUCUUCUACAUCAUCCACAUGAAGCUAAGCCCAAAUGUGGCCAUCUCCAAAACGACAGGAGUGUUUUACGGGAAGGAGUUCAAAACAGCGAAAUCUCUGGCCCUUGUCCUCUUCUUGUUCGCCGUGUCCUGGCUGCCCCUGUGCAUCCUCAACUGCAUUUCCUAUUUCUGUCAUGACUGUAAGAUCCCGCUGCCUCUGCUGUACCUGGGCAUCCUGCUGUCCCACGCCAACUCAGCCAUGAACCCCAUCGUGUAUGCUUGCAGGAUAAAGAAGUUCAAGGAAACCUACAUCUUUGUUUUAAAGACCUAUAUUCUGCGCAUGAAUCCCGAACCUCUUGUUCCUAGUGUGGAAUAUAUGUCAGAGCAGAUGUCUCUGAGCCAGAUCUGAUUGAGCGCUGGCCCCCUUGACCUGCUGCAAUACCUGUCCUGUUGGAUCUGCUCCGGCUGAAUAAAACCAUCUCAACCCUGGGACUGAAGCAGCUGGUCUAAGGCAUCAUUUUCUGACAUCAUCUAAGUCAGCCCUUGUGCAUUUCUUGGUUACUGUAUCGAGCUCUAGGUAUUGAUAAUGGGAUGUGGAAGUGUUCAUCUCUAGGCUGUCAGUUUAAAUCCUCGACCAAGGACAGUACCAAGUGUAACUUUGUACCAAAUUACUGCGUGAUACCACCGUCCGUCUAGUGUAAAAACGUCUGAGUAUCCUGAUGGUUACUCUAACCAUAUAUUUUUCAGUUCUUUCUAGUAUUAAAAUAGGAGCUUCUGCAACCCUU